AUGUCUGAGCCGCACUCAAAGUUCAAGCUGAUCCGCGCGCCUCAGCCUUACCCCACCACGCAACCGAUUGUCUUCCUCUCAGGGACAAUACAUUACAGCUCUGCCACUGACUGGCGAGGCCAUGUCUCUUCCUCUCUAUCGCACCUCCCGAUUACGGUCCUGAACCCUCACCGGGCAGAUUGGGACUCAAGCUGGAAGGAGGAUAUCAAGUUCCAGCCUUUCAAAGAUCAAGUCAACUGGGAAUUGGCGGGCAUGGAAGCCGCAGAUAUGUUGGCGGUAUAUUUCGGGACGAAUACCGAAGCUCCCAUCACGCUGAUGGAGCUGGGCCUCGCUGCAAGAGAGAAAGGAAAGAAGUGUGUGGUUGCAUGUGUUGAUGGCUACAAGAAGAAGGGGAACGUCCAAGUGGUUUGCGAGAGAUAUGCCAUUGAAGUGGUUAGCAACGAAGAGGAGUUGGGUAAAGCAGUCCUGGUGAAACUCAAGGAGCUAGGUGUCGAAGGAGCUUGA